AUGGCUAGAGAUGCGGUGAGCUACAACUUUUCCCAGACAGUGGGGGAGAACUUAAGCAACCAAUCCGUGAACUUGGACAUUGAUGACAAAAUAAAUCAACAUAGCUUUUCUCGGAGAGGCAACUACACGUUGGGAAAAGCUGUUGGUGUGUCACAGGAAUUGGAAAAAUUUGGAAACUCCUCACAAAGUGAUAGCCAUAGAAUUCUAGAAAGUACUACCACAAACCAAAACACGAGACACGCAGAGUCCGUCUCAGAAAAUGACACCAAGGGGGAAUCACCCCCAAGAAAUAGUGACCAUAGUCAACAAAUGCAGGCGUCUCGUGUGAAGCCAGCAGAUGGUACUAAAACUGUCGGGAGAGUGAAAUCAACCAUUAAAGAUUGGUUUCUGGAGCUGACUAAACGGAUAAAUAGGCCGUCAUGGUUGAUGAGUCAGCCAGACACCUCUUUUGGUGCUUCAAGGAAUCACACACACUACCUUUCUAGCCACUCCGAGCCAGCUUUUAACUCCACCAACACUUCUUUCUUUGAUUACAACACUAUGGCGAAUGAUGGGAGCAAUCUGACACACCAGUUACCAGAUAUAGGCCAGUCGGGGUCAGUGGUUGAGAACUAUCAAGAUGAGUCAACUCUGAGGGCUAGUGACCUCAGGCAAGGAAGAAAGCACCCGGAGUACAACAAUGUAGACAACAGUACGAAGGAUAAUGUUGGUAAGCUGUUUUAUACGGACACUCUCAACCAUAAAACUUUAGACUCAAGGAAUGAUAUGUCUGAAGAUACAGAACUGCCAGUUGUGAACAACUUAACGACACAGGGCAAUGUCCUUGAAGACGAGUAUGUCAACAGCACAUUAAACGAUGACAGGAAAUCAACAGAAGACCUCCAUCUUGGCAACGACUCUUCGGAAUGCCCAUCUUGUAGACAGCACACCCCAACAGAGGAACUUAUCAAAACAAUGAGACUGAACAUGUUUAAGAAUCUUCUGGUCCAAAAGCUCCGCUGGGACCCAGCUAGUUUGUCUGAUAACUCCGGAGGGAGGUUGGAGGAGAAUAUACCUAUCAUCCCUGAUUCCUUGGUGGAGGAGACACUGAGGGACAACGCCAGAGAGUAUGAGAGAGACGAGUUCCACGCCAGGGACCAGGAGAUAAUCAUUGCCGGGGAAGACAUGGGCCGCGACUGCAUCAAGCUGCAUGUAACCGGCUGCUACAGCUUCCACUUGAAAGGCCGUAUCCGAGGCGAGGUGGCGGAAGCCCAGCUCUGGCUGUACAAGAUGGAGGACGCCAACGAUAUGAUCGGCCAGACUGUGACCGUCUACGAGUUGGAGCGUCUGAAAAGUGGCCGACUGUACCACAGCAGCAUGAUCGCCAGCCUGGACACGAUGACCAAACAAGGUUGGGUGGAGCUGAACGUCACCAGGUCGCUGGUGAAGUGGGUGGACAAGAGGAAAGGGACCAAACUGAUCGCCAUUAGGUGUGUCACAUGUGCCACCAGAGGUCACCGGGCACUUUAUGGGGCCAAGCACGGAUAUAAACCUCUGCUUGUCAUCAAAUACAUGAAGGACGGUCAUCUGCUGCGUAGCAAGCGAUCCAUCUCAUGCGACCCUCGGUAUGAGUGCUGCAAACUGGAACUUUUGGUUAACUUCCAGGAUAUUGGGAUGCCGCAUAUACUGCAGCCUAGACAGCUGUCCGUUGGUUACUGUUUCGGCGAAUGUAACGAAAACCACAGUUACACGUCCAACCACACCAUCAUCAGGCAGCGAGUUCGAUGGAGCCAACCCUCAGCCAACCAGCACUCGAUGAACCAGCAGCUGAAACCGUGCUGUGUCCCUGCGAUCCUCAAGGACAUCUUCAUUAUGACCAGCGAUGGUGACGGUAGCAUUGUCAGAAAACUCUUACCGAAAGUUGUGGUGGAAACUUGUGGCUGUAUGUAA